ACAAACUUCCUCAACGUGACUGAAGGCUCAGUAAUUUGGUGUGGUCACUACUCAGCACUUCAGUCAUUUUGCUGUUCUACUCUGGCAGCACAAUGAGGGGAGGAAAACAUUUGCUGCUCCUGGCAGUGUACAUGUUCCUGGCAAGAUGUCAGCAACGGCCACAAGUUUUCAUGUUACCGAAAUUAAACCCGGUCUUCUCUGGGGACUUACUUUAUCUGAACUGUGCCAACGGCACAACUGGGAACACAGUGAUAUGGUACUUCAACAACGAGAAGCAAAGCGAGACAAACAAAACCUGGAAAAUUUUUGCUUCUCCCAGUCACUCAGGAUCUUACUCUUGUGAGAGCAGCCGACAAAAAAGUGACAGUUUGAGCAUCAGUGUAAUGGAAUACGUUCCCAGAGCCUCACUCACCAUCAAGACAGGUCAGCCAGUGAUGCGGAAUGGAGGUUCAGUUAUCCUGCAGUUGGAAAACGAUGGUGGUCUGGACAAAUGGAACUGCUCGGUCUACAGGGGAGGAGACAAGACAAAGAAGAUUAAGUUGAAGGUGGAUGGUAACCCUACAAGUCUCGAAUUUCAACCCAGAAGACUGGAAGUCCCCGAGACCAUUCUCUGGUGUAGUGGUCCCGACGAAACCAGAAGUAACCAAAUCACAAUCAGGACCUCAGAGAGGGACGUAUCCCUGGAAAUGUAUCCUCUUCCUGCUCUAGCUGGGGAGAGUCUGACUCUGAGGUGCAUUGCCUGGGGCACAGAUCAGAUAAGCAGCACCGAUUUCUACAAAGACAAUAAAAUCAUUCAGAAAAAUGCCAGUCCUACCAUUAAAAUCCCAAAUGUGACAGAAUCUACAAAGGGGAAAUACAAGUGUUAUGCCACCUACACACACAAGGCCCGCUCCAAUGGGCCCCCAUACCAAGAGGUUUCUGAUGAUCAAGACGUAUUUGUCUACGCGGCUCAUAUGAAGGCAGUUCUCUCUGAAAAACUUGGCUUGUCGUGUGACUGUCCACUUUGUCCAAAAGAUGUCACCUAUCACUGGUACUACAAGAAUGAUGGUGAUUAUGAUGUUCAGCAAAAAAAGCUUCCAGGUUCCAGUAGAUUUAUGAUGCCAAGAGAAAGUGGUACUUAUGCGUGUCAAGCUGUGUGGAAAGUCGGGAGGUCCUUUAUGAGCAACAGUUACACUUAUAAACCUCCAAUCGGCACCAUUCUAGUAAUUGUGUUCGUCACACUUUUGAUACUUGGUUUAAUAUUAGUAGCUGCAGCAUUUUAUGUACGAAGAGUAAGGAAGAAGAGAAAAGCCACAGGAGCAAUAUACGAGGAUGUGGCCCUGAGGUUACAAGGCAAAGGUGAUGACAACUAUGAGCAACUGCAGAGGCCACAUGGUGCCCAGAAAGAGGAUGAGUACAACACCCUUCACCCAGAAGCGCAGGAUCAUAGGAAAAAAGAGGAUGCAUACGAAGAACUGAAGAAAGAGGAAGUGAAAACAGAGGUAUACCACACCCUGGGGAUGGAGGGGGGAGCAGGAGGAGCAGGGGGAGAAGGGGGAUACGAAGCACUGAAGAAAGAGGGAAUGAAAGAGGGGGUAUACCACACCCUGGGGAUGGAGGGGGGAGCAGGGGUAGAAGGGGGAGAAGGGGGAUACGAAGCACUGAAGAAAGAGGGAAUGAAAGAGGGGGUAUACCACACCCUGGGUAUGGAGGGGGGAGCAGGAGCAGCAGGGGGAUACGAAGCAGCAGAAAAGACAAAACAAAACUUAUGA